AAAAAGUGCAGACCACAACACUAAACUGCUUUUAUUGUUCCAGUUCGUGCCCAGUCUCGUCUCCUUCUCCGUACAGUAUCACUGGAGCUAAACUGCUGUCAGGACUCAGGACGGGAAAAUGUUUGUCACUGUCUUGUUUGGAGAUGGCAGGAUGGAAAUGUUCAAUCUCAACUGUAAGCUGAUAAACUUCAUCCAUCAUUUGAAGGAGAGGUGUGGUGUGGACUCCAAAGAGUGUGUGGACCUGAUGGACAGCAGCGGUAAAGUGAUGAACUUGGCAGCGAAGCAGCAGAGUUUGGCUCUGGCCAGCAGUGUGCUGGUAGACAGACAGUACUACGUCCUCCUACGAGUCUGCCGAGACGAUGAGGCUGGAGGUCAAAAAUAUGUCUCCCUCCAAAACAACCACUGCCAGAGUCAUCCUGAAUUAACAGAACUACUGAGGAAACUGACGGACAAGGCGCCAGACGGAAAGAUCAGAAGGGGACGGGCACCUCGGAGCAAAAACAUCUCUGCAAACAGCAAAAGCCACUAA